GUACAGAUAGAGAUACGAAACCAAAGAUUUAGAUAAGUAGUGUAGUGUACAAAUGUGUGAGACGUGAACAUGCAGCGCCCUCUGAGCAACGUCAGCGUGCAGUCCUACCAGGACUAUCAGCCGAGCAGGAAAUAUGGGCCACAGUAUGAGCCGGGCGGCUACGCGGCCGCGGUCCAGCAGCGCAGCAACAUGACCCAACGGGAGGACGCACUCAAGUUCGAGCAGGGCCGCAUCAAGGCCUUACAAGAAGAACGGCUACAUAUACAGAAGAAGACAUUCACGAAAUGGAUCAACUCCUUCCUACAGAAGGCCCGCAUGGAGGUGGAGGACCUGUUCACGGACCUGGCGGACGGCAGGAGACUCCUCAAGCUGCUGGAGAUCAUCAGCGGCGAGCGCCUCCCCCGCCCCAACUCGGGCCGCAUGAGGGUGCACAAGAUAGAGAACGUGAACAAGAGCCUCAGCUUCCUGCACACUAAGGUGCGGUUGGAGUCGAUCGGCGCCGAAGACAUCGUAGACGGCAACCCGCGCCUCAUCCUCGGCCUUGUGUGGACCAUCAUCCUGCGCUUUCAGAUCCAGGAGAUCGAGAUCGAUGUGGACGAAGAAAAUGAAUCCUCCGAAAAGAAGUCAGCCAAGGACGCUCUCCUGCUGUGGUGUCAACGGAAGACGAGCGGCUACCAUGGAGUCCACAUCAGCAACUUCUCGGACUCCUGGCGCUCCGGGCUCGGGUUCAACGCCCUCAUACACGCGCACAGGCCGGACCUGUUCCGCUGGGCGGAGCUCCCGGUGCAGGACCACGUGGAGACCCUCAACCACGCCUUCGAGGUCGCGCACAAGAACCUCGGCAUCCCCAAGCUGCUCGACGCUGAGGACGUGGACAUCAACCGGCCGGACGAGAAGUCGGUGAUGACGUACGUGGCGAGCUACUACCACACGUUCGCGCGCAUGAAGAACGAGCAGAAGAGCGGACGCAGGAUCGCCAACAUUAUCGGCCAACUGAUGGACUGCGACGGUCGCAAGGCGGAGUACAGCCGCCUGGUCACCACCCUGCUCGAGUGGAUCCGGCUCAAGAUCGAGGAGCUGAACGGCCGGGAACUGCCCAACUCGCUGGACGGCAUCCAGAGGCUGCUGCUGGCGUUCAAGCAGUACAGGACCGUGGAGAAACCCCCCAAGUACAAGGAGCGCUCCGAGAUCGAAGCCCUAUACUUCGACAUCAACACGAUGAACAAGAGUCUGGUGGGAGAGGCGUGGGCGCCGCUGGAGGGGCAGCUGCCGCAAGACCUGGAGCGGGCCUGGCAGCGCCUCGAGCAGGCGGAGCACGCGCGCGAGAUCGCGCUACGCACGGAGCUGCUGCGGCAGCAGAGGCUCGAGCAACUCAACUACAAGUUCAACACCAAGUCGGUGCUCCGCAAGGGCUACCUGAAGGAGAUGAUCCAGGUGCUCUCGGACCCUCGCUACGGCUCCAACCUGGCGCAGGUGGACGCCACCGUCAAGAAACACGAGGCCAUCUCCGCGGACAUCCUCGCCAGGACCGAACGCUUCGAGGACCUGUCCGCCAUGGCGGCCGAGCUGGUCCGCGAGAAGUACCACGGCGCGGACGGCGUGGCGCGCACCGAGCAGGCCGUGCUGGCGCGCUGGCAGGAGCUGCUGGCGCUGCUGGCGCGCCACCGCGCCUCGCUGGCGGCCUUGGCGCGCCUCAUGUCGCUGCUGCGCGAGUGCGACACGGUGCGCGGCACGCUCGCAGACAUGCAGGCCGUGUUCCAGUCUGAAGAAGUGGGGCGGCACCUGGUGGACGUGGAGCGGCUGCUGCAGGCGCACGCGCUGCAGGAGCUGCAGCUGGGCGCGCUGCACGAGAGCCUGCGGCGGCUGGCGCGCCAGGGCGAGGGCGGGGGGCACCGCGAGCUGGCGGCGAGGCUGCAGGGGCUGCAGGACGGAUACGACAGUUUGGUGGCGGCCGCCAAGGACCGCAAGGCGAGAUUAGAAGAUGCCAGAAACCUCUACCAGUUCCUCGAAGACCACGACGAAGAAGAGGGCUGGGUGACGGACAAGCAGCGCAUCUGCCGCGCCGACGUGGCCGCUAAGGACCUGCGCGGGGUGCUCGCGCUGCGACAGAAGCACACCGCGCUGCUGACCGAGCUGCGCGCCCGCGACCACGUGUCGCAGCGACACCGCGCCAAGGGACAGAGCCUAAUCGACGCGCAGCACCCGAAGAGCGCCGAGGUCGAGCGUCGCCUGGCGUCGCUCGCCCAGCAGUGGGCCACGCUGCGCGAGCUCGCCGACGCCAGGGAGAAACAACUAGAGGACGCGGCAGAGGCACAUCAGUUCUACGGCGACGCGAACGAGUCUGAGUCGUGGAUGAAGGAGAAGCGCCCCCUGGUGGCGAGUAGCGACUGCGGGCGCGACGCGCCGUCCGCCGCGGCGCUGCUCGCGCGGCACAAGGCUCUGCACGAUGAGAUCAGGGCCUACAGCGCCGAGCUCGACGCGCUCAGCGCGCAUGCCGACCGGCUGAAGAGCGCUGGGAUACUCACGUUACAACUCCCAACAGAGGUGGAAGCGGCCCCGGCCCUGGAGGAGGAAGAAUGGGUGAACGAGUCCCGCCUCGUGCCGACGGAGGUGUGGGAGGAGGAGGAGGUGGAGCGGCUAGAACACCGCACCGUCACCGAGGAGCGCUCUGUCCCACAGGUGAAAGCGCUAUACGCGUUCACCGGACAAGGCAUAUCGAUGGCGAAGGGCGAAGUGAUGUUUCUGAUCAACAAGACCAACCCGGACUGGUGGUCGGUCAGGAAGGCUGACCGCUCCGAUGGCUUCGUGCCAGCCAACUAUGUCAGAGAGAUCGAGCCGAGAGUCGUGCCGGUGCAAGUGCGUCGUCCGGAGAAGGUGCGCACGGUGCAGCGCGUGAAGAAGACGGUGCUGGUGAAGCAGGUGGUGCCGGUGCGGCGCGCGCGCGCCGCCGCCCGCCGCGCGCCGCGCGCGCAGCCUGCGCCCGCGCAGCCGCCGCGCGCCGUCGGGGACAGGAUGGCGGACAUCAAGCGGGACUAUGACGAGCUGCUGACCCUCUCGGCGGCGCGGCGCGCCCAGCUCGAGGACGCGAUCAAGCUGUACAGCUUCUUCGCCGAGUGCGACGACUUCGACAAGUGGAUCAAGGACAAGGAAAAGAUGCUGCGAGCCGACGAUGGCGAGGAGAGCGUCGACACCGCCAAGAGGAAGUACGAGAAAUUCGUGACCGACCUCUCGGCCGCCUCGAAACGGCUGGAGCAGAUCGAGGCGGCUGCCGAGGAGCUGGUGGCCACGGCGCACGGGCAGGCCGGCAAGGCCGCGGCCCGCAGGCAGCAGCUCAGGCAGCAGUGGGACAGGCUGCUCAGGCUCAAACAGCAGAAGGAGAAGAGUCUAGAAGGCGCGUCUAGCGUGGAGCUGUUCAGCCGCACCUGCGACGAGGCGCUGGACUGGAUGGGGGAGAAGGAGCAGCAGCUGGCCGCCGGCGGAGCCCCGGCCGCCGACCUGCGCACCGUGCAGGCGCUGCAGCGCCGCCACGCGCAGCUAGAGCGGGAGCUCGAACCGCUGAGGGAGAAAGUGCAUACUGUCAGCCUGCUCGCCGACGACGUGAAGUCCCAGUACCCCAGCGAGCGCGCCAACGUGGAAGCGAGACAGCGCGAGAUCCACGGCGUGUGGGAGCGGUGCCGCGCCGCCGCCGCCGAGCGCCGCGCCCGCCUCGAGAGCGCCGUCGGGCACCAGAUCUUCGGCCGCAGCGCCGCCAUGCUCGACGACUGGAUACAGAAAGUUCACGAGCAACUGGCACAGGAGGCGACCGCUAAAGACGUCGCGACGGCGGAGCUCCUGCUCAAGGAGCAUCGCGAACUGAAAGAUGACAUCAAGACUCAUGACGACGAAUUCAAGGAAGUGAUCGGGCUCGGCCGCCAGUUGCUAGGCAACAACCCGUCGCUGGCCGACGUGGCUGACAAGAUCAACCACCUGGAGGCCGAGCAGCAAGCCGUUAAAAAAGGUUGGGAAGACAAGGACGGACGCCUCCGCGAGCUAGUGGAGCUGCAGGCCUUCAACCGCGAGGCCGAUCAGAUCGACGCGUCGAGCGGCGCGCACGAGGCCUACCUCGAGUACAGCCAGAGCGGGGCGUCAGUAGACGAAGCGUCGGCCUUACUGAAGCGUCACGAGGAGCUUGAAGCGCGUUUAUCCGCGCAGGCCGAGCGGGUACAAGCGCUGCGCCAGCGCGCGGAUAAGCUCGUGCAGAGACCGCACCAUGCCGCCCAGCACAUCUCUGCGCGCAUGGCGGCGGUGGCGGCGCGGCGCGCGGCGGUGCGCGCGGCCGCCGCGGGCAGGAGGAGGGCGCUGCAGGCCAACCUGGCGCACCACCAGUUCUUGGCAUCCACGGAGGAGCUACAGGCCUGGAUACAAGAUAAGACCCGGACAGCUAAAGACCAGAGCUACAGGGACCUGGCGAAUCUGGAGCGUAAACUGCAGAAACACGAAGCGUUCGAAGCAGAGCUCCAGGCCAACGAGAAACAACUCAGAAAUGUCGACAGUAUCGGGCAAUCUCUGCAAAAGUCGGACCCCGCCCACGCCGCGGAGGUGGCCCAGCAGCUGGAGGCGGUCCACUCCGCCUGGGAGGCGCUGGUGGCCGCCUCCAGAGACAAGGGCGGCAAGCUGCGCCAGGCCGCGCUGCAGAGCCAGCACAGGAGAUCCGUGGAGGACGCUCGGGCGCGGCUGGUGGACCUGGAGCGCGCGCUGCGCAGCGAGGAAACUGGCGCCGACCUGCGCAGCUGCAAGCGCCUUCUGACGCACCAUCAGACUUUGGAGCAAGAGCUAACAACGUGGGAACAAAAGGCCACCGUCCUAGCCAGCCAGGGGGCGGACUUGGUGUCCCUGGGGCACUUCGACGCGCCGGCCAUCGAGCGCGAGUCCGCGGCGCUGCGCGACGCCGUGCGCGCGCUGCAGCCGCACGCGCAGACUAGGAGGGACAAGCUGACGCAGAGCUUACAGCUGCACAAGUUCGCCCUGGAGCUGGACGGCGAGCUGGACUGGCUGGCGGAGCGCGCCGCCGCCGCAACGUCGGAGGCCCUCCCGGCCGACCUGCACGCCGCGCAGGCCGCGCAGAAGAAGCACGCCAAACUGCGCGACGAGCUCAAGGGACGCAGGCAGAACAUCGAGCGCGUGCUCAAGCACGGCCAGGAGCAACAUAGCGAUGAUGAGAAGAUCGCAAGGUUGUGCAAGAAGUUGGAGAACACGUACUCCGAAGUGUGCGCGGCGGCUGACGCGCGCGCCGCCCGCCUGGACGCGGCGCUGCGCGCGCAGCAGUUCCUGCACGACGCGCUCGAGGUCGACUCUUGGCUCGCUGAUAAGGCUGCCGCUUUGUCGUCUGCGGACGUCGGCAGAGACCGCCACCGCGCCACUCAGCUACUCACAAGACACAAGGCUGUAGAAUUAGAGCUGGACACGUACGCCGCCAUAAUCUCGGAGAUGGGCCACUCGGCGGCGUCCAUGGCGGCGAGCGGCCACCCGCAGGGCGCGGCGCUGGUGGCGCGGCACCGCGCGCUGGACGACUCGCUGCAGCGCCUGCAGCGGCUGGCGGCGCAGCGGCAGCGGGCGCUCGUUGAGAGCGUGUGCAGACACGAGUACCUGGCGGAAAGCGCGGAGCUGGAGGGUUGGAUCCAGGAGCAGUUCGCGGCGGCCGCCAGCGAGGACUACGGCCAGGACUACGAGCAUCUACUAAUCCUGCGCUCCAAGUUCGAGGAGCUGCGGCACCGCGUGGAGUCUGGCGCGGAGCGGUUCAGCCAGUGCGAGGAGCUCGCCAAGAAACUGCUCGCCUCCGAGAGCCCCUACAUCGCGGACAUCGAGCACAGGCAGGAGGCGCUGGGCGAGUCCUGGCAGCGCCUGGUGGAGCAGAUCCGGUCGCGCGGCACCCGCCUGCACGCCGCCGGGGAGAUCCACCGCUUCCACCGCGACGUCGCCGAGCUGCUAGCCCGCGCUGCCGACAAGAGAGCUCAGCUGUCCACCCCUGAGCCACCGAGGGACCUGCCGGCUGCCGCGGCCUUGCUGAGGGCGCAUGAUGCCGCCGAGAACGACUUACUGGCUAUAGAUGCUCAAGUGCAGGUCCUUCAGGAAGAGGGUCUGCGCCUCCAACGCCUAUGUCCCGGCGGCAACGUGCAACAGAUCGCGUUGCAGCAACAAGCUUUAACCGACGCGUGGAACAUGUUGCGCGCUGCCGCCGACGCUCGGCGCGCGACGCUGCAACAGUAUCUGUCGUUACAACAAUUUAGGCAGCAGGUGCGGUCGCUGGUGUCGUGGUCGGGGUCGCUGCGCGCGGCGCUGGCGCAGGCGCCGCGCGUGCGCGACGCGGUCACCGCGCAGGCCGCGCGCGCCGAGCACGCCGCCGUGCGCGCAGAACUAGACGCGAGAGAUGACAGCUUCCGCGACGCGCUCGGCGCGGGACAGCAGCUGAUGCGCGACCACCAUCCUAGCGAGCAGGAGAUCGAGGAGCAGUGCGCAGCCCUAGUGGAGGAGCGGGCGAAGCUCCACGGCGCGUGGGCGGCGCGCCAGGUGGCGCUCGACCAGCUGAUCGACCUGCACUGCUUCCUGCGCGACGCCAAGCAGCUGCACGCACACAGCGCGGCGCAGGAGGCUGCUCUCAGCACGGAGAUAUCCCCAACGUGUAGCGUGGAGGAGGUGGACAACAUUCUGAAGAAACACGAAGCCUUCGAGAAGCUACUGGCCACCCAGGACGAGAAGCUAACGACCCUGAACAGCCACGGAGACAAGCUGCUGCAGCAGAACCACGUGGAGAGCCAGAAGAUCGCCGACGAGCUGCGCGCCAUCAACGAGAGGAGGCAGAAGUUGUACGAGGCAGCGGCUGCACGCCACAAGCUACUGCUCCGGACACGUGCGCGCGCGCAGUUCGCGCGGGACGCUGCCGAAACGCGAGGCUGGCUCGCUGACAAGCUGGCCAAACUACACAAUGAUCACCAGCAAGGCGAAGUAACCGACCUGGAAGACAAGAUCAAGAAGCUCCAGAAGCACCAGGCCUUCACGGCCGAGCUGGCCGCCAACCGCGCGCGCCUCCAGGAGAUCCAGGCCUUGGCCGAACAGCUGCGGCCUGACGAGGAGGUGGAGAAGCAGAUGGCGCAGCUGAAGGAAGACUGGGGGAAGCUGGAAAAGGCUACGGAGGAGAGAGGGCGCGGUCUCGAAGAGGCACAGGACAUCUUGGAGUUCAACCAGCAUCUGGACAAGAUCGAGGCAUGGAUCCGCGACAAGGAGAUGAUGGUGCAAGCUCACGAGUUAGGGCGCGACUACGAGCACUGCUCGGCGCUGGUCCGCAAGCUGGACGACCUCGACUCGGACAUGAAGGUGGACGAGCAGCGCGUCAAGACCACGUGCGCGCUCGCCGACCGCCUGCUGCGGCAGGGUCCGACGCAGCAGGCGGCGGCGGUGGCGGCGCGGCGCGACGCGCUGCUGCACAAGUGGCGCGCGCUCAGCGGAGCCCUGCAGACCUACCGCGACGCGCUCGCUGCCGCGCUAGAGAUACACGCCUUCAACAGGGACGUGGAAGACACCGCGGAGCGCAUCGCGAAGAAAGCGGCCCUCUUCAGCAGCAACGAGCGCGGACGCGACCUGGACGCUGCGCAGGAGUUGAAGAGGCGGCACCUGGCGCGGGCGGCCGAGGCUGGCGCUGUCGGAGACAAGAUCAAGCAGCUGUGCGCAGAGGGAGCCACGCUGCAGAGCAAACACCCGGAGCGCGCCUCGGAGAUCGAAGGCCACCUGUCCGCGCUCCGCUCGGACUGGGAGCGCCUGCAGCGGCUCGCCGCGACACGCACCGCGCUGCUCGAUGACGCCAUCGCUGAACACAAGUUCGACGAUAGCCUUAAGGAGCUGGAUGUGUGGGUGUCGGAGAGCGUGAAGCGCAUGCGCGGCGGCGCGGCGCCCGACUCCGCGGCCGACGCGCAGGCCAUGCUCGACACACACAAGGAGAGGAAGACGGAGAUAGACAACCGCCAGAAGAGUAUAGCGGCGCUGCAGCGCGAGGAGCAGAGCCCGGAGAAGCUGAAGAAGCUGACCGAGCUGGCGCAGACCCUCGACCAGGCCUGGCUGCAGCGAGAGCAGCACCUCACACAGGCGCACCAGCUGCAGCUGCUUAAGGAGCAAGCGAGACAGACAGAGGACUGGCUCGCGGCCAAGGAGGCUUUCCUGAACAAUGACGACCUCGGCGAGAACCUAGACGCCGUGGAAACAUUAAUCAGGAAGCACGCAGAGUUCGCCAAGUUGCUGGACUCCGGAGUGGCUCGAGUGGAAGAACUGGAGACCUUCGCUCGCUCGCUACUCGAGGGAGGGCAUUACGACCAAGCUUACAUCGAGCGACGACUCGCCGCCAUCUUGGCGCGAAGAGACAAACUCAAGGAGUCGUGCCGCGCGCGCGGCGUGAUGCUGCAGCAGUCCAAGCAGCUGCUGGAGUUCCUGCGGGACCUGGAGCACGAGCAGGAGUGGAUCGCGCUCAAGAUGCAGACCGCCACCGACCACAACUACAGGGAGCUGUCGAACCUGCAGAGCAAGAUUCAGAAGCACGCCGCCUUCGAGUCCGAGCUAGCGUCCAACAAGAAGCGAAUAGACGAUGUCGCCAACCGAGGCGAGGAACUCAUAGAGGCCAAGCACUACGCGUCCCAGGAGAUCUCCACACACGUGGAAGAGUUGGAAAACCUGUGGAGAGAGCUUCAGUCUGCAGUGAAACUCCGUCGCGAGCGACUGCAGGAGGCGUAUCAAGCCCGUAUAUACUUGCGAGGUCUAGACGAUUUCACGGCGUGGCUUGAUGACGUCGAGUCACAACUACUCAGCGAGGACCACGGGAAGGACCUAGCAUCCGUAACGGCCCUGCUGAAGCGGCACACUCGCCUGGAACAGCAGGUGGCCGCGAAGAGCGACGCGGCGACGCAACUCGCCGACAACGCGCGACAGCUCGCCGACAGUCGGCACUUUAUGGCCCAAGAGAUACUCGCAAAGGCCGACGAGGCUGUCAAGCGUUACCGGCAGCUGCAGGAGCCGAUGCAGAUCAGAAGGGACAACCUUGAGGAUGCUGCGUUGCUGCACCGCUGGGACCGCGAUGCCGACGAGGAGAUGAGAUGGAUGGUGGAGCGCGAGCCCGUGGCGGCGCUGCAAGACACCGGCUCCACGCUGCAGGAGACGCAGGCGCUGCUCAAGAAACACCUGGCGCUGGAGGCAGAGCUGAUGGCACGAGAGCCGACGGUGCAGGGUGUGUGCGGCCGCGCGGUGGCGCUCGCCCGGCGCGGCCACUUCGCCGGCGCGGCGCUGGAGGCGCGCGCUCGGGACCUGGCCGCCGCGCUGAGCGCGCUGCAGGCCGCCGCCCGCGCGAGGGGGGGGAGGCUGCAGGCCAGGAGGGACCUGCUGCAGUUGUCCUCCGAGAUGUCGGAGGUGUCGGGCGUGCUGCGCGCGCGGCGCGCGGCGGCGGAGGAGCGCGGGCGCGACGAGGACUCGGCGCUGGCGGCGCGCACGCGGCUCGAGGCGCAGCAGCGGGAGCUCACGGCCCUGCAGCCUACUAUCGACGCGCUGCUGGCCAGGGCCCAAGCCGCGGCGGAACGCGACCCCGAGGACGCGGCAGAAAUAUCUAAACAGGCAGAGUCCCUCAAAGAACUGUACGAGGAGAUGAAACUGCUGUCCGCCAAGCGGCAGCAGAGACUCGAGCAGAGCCUCAAGUACUUCAAGUUCGUGCAGGAAUGCGCGGAGGCGCAGGAGUGGAUCAGCGAGCAGAUGGGCGCCGCCGCCAGCGAGGACUACGGGCUGGACGUGGAGCACGUGGACACCCUGCAGCAGGCCUGCGACAACUUCCUGGCGCAGCUGCACGCGAACGAGGGUCGCAUCGAGGCCGUGUGCGAGGCCGGCGCGGCCCUGCUGGAGGAGAACACGCCGGAGGCCGACAGAGUCCGGACGCGGGUCGACGACGUUAAGGGGCUGUGGGAAGACCUUAGGGAACUGGCUCUGGCGCGACAAGAGGCGCUGGCGGGCGCGCGGCGCGUGCACGAGUUCGACCGCGCGGCGGACGAGACGGUCGCCUGGAUCCAGGAGAAGGAGCCCGCGCUGCGCCACGACACCACACGCACGCUGCAGGCGCUCCGCGCGCAGCGCCGGCGGCUCACGGCGCUCGAGGACGACCUGGCGGCCAUCAAGGAGCAGCACCACAAACUGACGCAGGAGGCUGACAGAUUGGGUGCAGCCUUCCCUGACGCCCGCGAGCACGUCACAUCCAAACUAGAAGAUGUCUCCGAAGCGCUGGAAGCCCUGACCUCGCGCGCGGCUAGCUGCCAGCAGCAGCUGGAGCUGUCUGGACAGCUGCAGGCCUACUUCCAACAGUACCAGGACCUGCUGGCGUGGACCAACGAGAUGAUCGCAGCAGUGACCGCGCCGGAGCUGGCGCACGACGUGCCCGGCGCCGAGCGGCUGCUGGCGCGGCACAAGGAGUUGGGAGACGAGGUGCGCGCCAAGGACGAGGCCUUCAACGCCCUCUAUGCCGACGGUGAAAAACUAGUCCGCGAAGGCCACUUCAUGUCCGCCGACGUCGCCGAGCGCAUGGCGGCGUUGCGAGCUCGCCGCGCCCAGCUCGACGCGGCCUGGGCGGCGAGGGACACUAUAUACCAUCAGCACUUGGACGCCCUGGUGUUCAGGAGAGACGCGGACGCACUAGACAACUGGAUCACUAACAAGGUUCCCCUAGUCCGUGAUGGAAAAGUCGGCGAGAGCGUGGCGCAGGUGGAGGAGCUGCUGGCGCGCCACGCCGAGCUCGAGCAGGCCAUACACUCGCAGCAGGACCGCGCACAGGCACUCACUAGGAUCACGCUGGUGGAGCGAGCCUUCAAGCAGCAGCAGGAGUCGGAGCAGGCGGCGCGCGCCAGCACGGCGGCCGCGCACGCCGCCGAGCGCGCGCAGCGGCAGCGCCAGCGCGAGGUGGAGCGCAUCGCCGAGCUCAGGAGGAGGGACACCGCUCCCAUAUUAGAAACACAGGUGAGCACGGGGUCGGAGGCGGCGCACGCGCAGACGCCUGCGCCGGCGUCGUCGGAGGAGACGCUGUCGCCCGCGCCGCAGUUCGAGCGCCUGCCGCGCGGCGAGCCCGUCAAGCGCGCAGAGAGCAUGAGCGUGAUGAAGACGCCGAAGCGCACGCCGUCGUUCACGACGCGGCGCCGCACGCAGAGCUUCCGGCGCCACCGGCGCGGCGACGCCGAGCUGCCGCCCGUCGAGAUCGAAGGCUACCUGGAGCGCAAGCAGGAGUCUGGCGUGGGCGGCAAGCGCGCCACCGUGCGCUCGUGGCGCUCGUACUACUGCGUGCUGUGCGGGCAGCUGCUGUGCUUCUUCAGGGACGAGCUGGACUUCAGCGCCGCCAAGGCCGCCGCGCCGCCGCAGGCCAUCCUCAACGCCCGCUGCGACCCGGCCGGCGACUACACGAAGCGCGCCAACGUGUUCCGGCUGACGUGCGCGGACGGCGCCGAGUACCUGUUCGGCUGCCCAACCCCCGCGCUCAUGCAGGAGUGGGUGGCCAAGCUGUCGUUCCACGCCGCGCUGCCGCCCGAGCUGCAGCUCACGCCGUACGCGCCGCCGGACUCGCCCAACGCCGAGCUCAAGAGGAGGCUGCAGAGGAGCGCGUCAUCGUCUUCGAACGAGUCGCCCGAGCCGCAGCAGCGCUCGCGCACGCAGGCCGAGAUCCUGCAGGAACACAGAGAUAGUCAGGCCAAGCAGGCCAGCCUGGACCGCAGGAGUGUCGACACACAGGAGAGGAAUAUAGAAUCUUCAGUGCUGCCAUCUCUGCCACCGCGCAAGGCUCCCGGCGCCAGCCAGGAGGACGUGUCCGAAGUCGUUAUGAGGAACUCUGAAACGUCCUCGUCUUGGGGCCGCUCACGGUUCUCCAACGGGCGCGACAUCAACUCCGAGUUCAUCAACUCUCAGCGCGAUGUAGCCGACGGCGCGCCGCCGCUACCGCUGUCCGGGCCCCCGGACCGCCCGCCCGCGUUGCCGGAGCGCCAACAAAGCGCCGCCGAGCGCCAACAUAGCGCCAGCGAACGCCAACAUGGCGCCACCGAGCGCCAACAUGGCGCUAGCGAGCGCCAGCCGGUCUCCGCGCUGGUCAACAGCUACCAGCAGCGCGCGCGCGACCAGAACCGCAACCAGUGGAACUACGAGAGAAGCAACAACAACUGGGGCGUGGAGACGUCGCACUUCUACUCGGCGAGCGAGCUGGCGUACGGCGGCGCAGGCGCAGGCGCGGGCUCGGGCUCCGGGCGCCCCGCCUCCGUGGCCGGGGGCUCGCCCGCGCUCGACCAGCGCCCCGCCUCCAGAUCAUCCGGGGAGUCCGAGCUGUCCGUCAGCGGAGUCUCCAAGGAGAAAAAGGACAAGAAGGGAGUCUUCGGCGGCCUCUUUAGCCGCAAAAAGCGCAGCAGUUACAUGUAACCAA